AUGCAACUCUCUUUCUUCUACACGGUCGUCCUCUUGGCUGCUGGCGCCGCCGCCCAGUCCUGUUCGUCGACUAUUACAUAUUGCAGUGGAGGCGCCUGCUUGUGCUUUGCUGAUGGUAUCACCGAGUCUCUGAACGAAAUGUGCAAAGGCAAGGGAUUCGAACGCUCGUUAGGACCCUCGAAAACUACGACUGAGGCAGGCGAGCGCUGCGAUACCCAGUGCUGUACUGGCUAA